AUGGCGACUACAGCAUCCAUCAACGGUUCAGACUCGCCGUCUUGGUCUUGGAACGAAAUCGACUGGGGCGAUUGGCACACGAUUCUUCAGUUAGUACCAGCGUGUAUAGGAUGCCUAGGAAACCUCGUGGUAAUCAUUGUCCUGAUUCCUCCACGUUCGCAGAAUAGAUCGACCGAUAUCUUAAUAGGGCAUCUAGCUGUAGCCGACUUCCUGACGUCCAUAUUUCUUCUACCAAUUCCAGUUGUUAGAACUGUUCCUCGCAACUGGUUAGGAGUCUUGUAUUGUGGAUUUCUCGGUUUAAGUAGUUGUCGUAUUGUUUGCAUCUUCUCUGCAAUUUACAUUCUCCUAGCCAUCUGCUGUGAUCGAUUCCUUGCGGUAGUCUACCCUCUGCAGUUUAAUCGUUGGAUCACUAGAUGGCGGGCCACGUUGGUCGUUGUUUGCAUCUGGCUGGGUUCGUCUAUCGGUCAGUAUACUACGACCUUCACCAGGCUGGACCGAGCGAAGUACGAGUGUACGGUUAUAUCUUUACGGCGUUAUAGUCAGAUCACCGCCGGUUCUCUUAACUUUUUGUUUGUUUUCGCCGUACCCGCAUUGACCAUGCUCCUCUCACAAAUCUUCAUCGCCCGCACGUUGCUUCGGCAGUCGCGACGUUUCAACUCUGACAGGAACUUGCCACCGUUUAGGCCAUCCGUCCAUCUGGUCGCUAGACGGAAAGUGCUGAAGAUGAUGGCCAUAGCAGUUGCCGUAUUUGUGGUGACAUUAGGCCCCAACCAGACUAGUUACUACUGCUACAAUCUCGGGAUAGUGCCACAGGGAUAUCUAUCGGGCGACUUUCACCGCUUCACGAUUCUCUUGCUUGCUACAGCUCCUGCGCUAACCCUUUCAUCUACGCAUCACAAAACAAGAAGUUCAGGCAGGCAUUUGUGA